CUGAGUGAUAACGAAAGUGACUACAGCGGUAGUGCAAUCUAAUAACGGGGAAACAAUUUUAAAUGCGGCUUUUUUUUAUUUGUAUUGAUUCAACGGUGACGUUUAUGUUCACUUAAUGGUUUUUAUUCUACUUAAAUGUAGGGAGUUGAAACUUUAACCAGUCUUUUUACCCAAGUAUCGGUUCGUCAAAGUUCUACUUAUGUACAGGGUUGCCAAUUCUGAUUAACGUGCGCGUUUCGGUUUACGUACAAGUCCGCAUUGAACGAGGACUGUCGCAUGUACUGCUUUAUAAUAGUGAUAUAAAUUGACCAAUUACACAACAAUACGCCAAUUGGCGAACUGUGAAGUUCAUAAAUGUACUACAGAAAUAUGGUGCUGACUGAAGAAAAUUAUUUGGGAAUAUGUACGUGGGUAGUGCAUACGUGUAACCAUCUGGACUGGUCCUCUUCCGACCCGGAACAUAAACAUGAUUAUUUUGCCUUUCAAAAUAAAAAUCAGCUAUUAAAUGAAAACAUUGUUGAUCUUUAUGAAUGAAUUGCAAAUCAUGUGUUUAAUACUCGAACGCGUCGACUCUCAUUUUACAAGGACUCAACUGGAAUCCAUCGUGUUUAACUUUCCGCUUCUUGUCGAAAUGAACAAUCGAAAGCUGAGUUAAUGAGCUACCUCUAACUGACCCGGAAAAUGUGGUGGACUACACUUUGCACUUUUUUUUUUUUUUUUUACGGUUAACGGUUUUUUUUUUCCCCAUUCUAUCCAUCAAUCAAGAACGAUGAGUUGUUGUGUGAAUGACGACGACCCCUUUCCCGUUGACGACUGUUUGUUCGCUGACACGUUUUCUCAGACCAGCGUUUAUAAAUUAUUGGGCCAGGAGCUGAAGAUCAUCCAGUUAUUCGGUGCAAACCUCGGCGUGGCUGCUCCUGUGUGGGAAUCCGCUUUGCAACUGUGCCGUUACUUUGGGGAGCAACACGUGGAGUGGCGUGGGAGACGCGUCAUCGAGCUGGGAUCGGGAACUGGUGUCGUUGGGAUUUUGGCUGCUCGUCUUGGUGCAGACGUGACCCUCACAGACCUUCCUCUGACUCUUCCACAGCUUGAAGCCAACGUCUGUGCCAACAUGCCAUCCAGCGGUUGGCCUUCUGCCCCUCCCACUGUCCUCCCUCUGUCAUGGGGGAUGUUGGGUGGUCGCUCCAGCACGGGAACAUUCUUGACCAGGAAGUGUCAGAUGCUCAGGUAGGGUGAAAGCAGCCACAGGUUGUCUCGCCACAACUCUCCUGACUUGGCGGGCAUUGAACAAAGCAAACAGCAUAGGAACUGUUUGUUGACGUGGCGGUUGAUUAUCUGGUCCACAUCUUGUUUUUUUUUGACACCAGCCCUUAAACUUUUGGACACUUUGCACGUUAGCAUCUGCUUGGUAAAAUUAAUUUGUGAAGUUAAUCAUGAACAUAGCUGUUAUUGUAAUGAGCAUAUACUUUCCUACGUCACACUUAGUCCCAUUUCGCAUUUCAUCCACCAGGUAACUCAAUGUGCUCUAUAUUGUUAAAAACUACGUUUAAAUGGAGAAUACUGGUAUAUAUCUGGACUUUUGCAUUUUUUUUUAUUAGCUAAACUCCAAAUUGUAUUCCAUGUUUCUAUCGUGUAACUAAGAGAUAAUCCGGCCAUAACAAUGAUCACCCCCAUCCCCAUCCACUAUUCUGGCAACAUCAACAGAUUGCUCGGCCUCUGGCCUGCUGUCUGCUUCUGAUGCUUCAUCCGCUCUCUACCUCACUCUGCUGAUGUACUGACUUUCUGUUCAGCAAAGGGAAGCCUGUUUAUCACGCUGGAGAGUUCCGAAGAAAAGGGAGGCGAGGCAUCCGCUGGCCUUCUCGCCAUGUGCCACAAUUGAGUCGACAAAGCAAUUGAUCCCCCGUUUCCAUGUGGCUUCUAUCACGCUGAGCGGGGCGUUUAGUCAUCAUUAAAUGGGAAAAAUUAGGGAAAGAUGACGUGGACUUUAUAUACAUGUCCCUGUAUAUAUGUAAUAGGUUCAUGACAACGGUAAAAUAC